CGUGUCAACUCUCAGUGUCAAUUUUGUCAAAACAAAGUCAGCUUCGGAAGUUACUGUGUUUGCGAAUCUUUAAAAUCUUUUCUAUAAAAACAAUUGUUAUUGUUAUUAUGCAAUUGCGUCACAGUAGUUAAAUUUUAAUGUAAACUUGAUAGUGUAUUAAAUGUACAAAAUUGUCUAAUGUGUGUUUAGUGUAGUGUUAUUAAAAGUUAUACAAUGUCAUCAAGUGAACCCGACACUAGCGAGUUAUCAAACUCAGGCUCGCCGUUUUCACAAGAGUCCUAUUCACCGUAUUCUUAUGGCUCGCCUCACAUUGACCCUUUAACAAAUGGCUUAACUGAUUUGACAUGCGACGAUGCCAUGCAGGCGAACCAGCCGUAUCUGCGAAUUAUAGAACAGCCGACGGAUUAUUUUCGGUUCAGAUACAAGAGUGAGAUGCUGGGGACGCAUGGUUGCCUGCUCGGGAAGCAUUCCACGCCAGGCAAGAAUAGGACGCAUCCAACCGUAGAGCUAUGCAACUACAAUGGCAGUGCAUUGAUAAGGUGUCGUUUAGCCCGGCAUGAUAGUCCCAAUGAACAUCCACACAAGCUGACUGAGGACGACCAAGAUAGGGACAUUACUAGUGUUGUACCGCAGCGAGGCAGUUAUAAAGUGGCGUUCACUGGCAUGGGUAUAAUACAUACAGCGAAAAAGGAGAUCGCUUUACUUCUAUACAGCAAAUAUACGCAACAGAAGGAUAGUGAUUUCAAUGACCAUAAGCUGCGUUUAAAAUGCGAGAACGAGUCGAAGAGUAUCAAUUUGAACAUAGUGCGGUUGAAGUUCACCGCGCACGAUGUUAAUACCGGCAAAUUGUUAUGCGAACCGAUGUUUUCUGAACCCAUUCAUAACAUUAAAAGCGCAGCUACCAAUGAUCUGAGGAUAUGCCGUAGCAGCAGUUGCUACGGGAGCGUGAUGGGAGGGGAGGAAGUUUUCAUAUUGGUCGAGAAGGUUAAUAAGAAGAAUAUAAAGGUACGAUUCUUCGAAUUGGGUGAAAACGGCGAAAGGACCUGGACGGAGAACGCUAUCUUCGUACAAAGUGAUGUUCAUCAUCAAUACGCCAUAGUGUUCAGAACACCACCAUACUUCGACAAGGCGAUAACCAGCAACGUGAAGGUCUACUUCGAGCUGAUGCGACCCUCGGACGGGAAGACCAGCGAGCCCCGAGAGUUCACGUACAAAGCGGAGUUCAUCAACAGGCAGAAUAAGAAACGCAAAGCGGAUAAUUCCUACUCGUCUAUUAACAGCAAUUCAGGUGGAUCUGUUAAGAGCUACAGUGAUCUACCGGCCACAUUGGACUUUUUUAACCCCAGCCCAAAUCAAGACGAUAAUAUGGAUGUCAGUGAUGUACCACGUAUACCAAAUUAUACACCUCCCACGCCGCCCAGCUCGGACCCGAUGGCGGACGCGCUGCUGCUGAGCGCGGGGCGCGGGGGCGCGGGCGGGGGCGCGGGCGGGGGCGCCGGCGGGGGCGGCGCGUACACGAGCCCGAUGCUCGGGCAGCCGCACGUGCCCGCGCCGCCGGUGCUGCAGCUCACAUUCCUUCACAUGACGCUAUGCAGCAACCAGCCCAGUCUCCAAUUCAUAGUGAAGUUGGUGCACGAUGCCGGCCUGGUGGGUCUACUGAACCUUCAGAACCACCAGAUGAGGAGCAUCCUCCACUUGGCGGUUAUCAACGAUCAGCCUAACUUGAUACCCUUCUUGGUCGCUAAAGGUUGCAACCCGAUGCUCGAGGAUGAGGAUGGCAACAACGUGAUCCACUACGCGGUUAUAUGCGAGACUUGCCUCCAGCCGCUGCUCCAAGCGAUCCGGGAGCAUGCCGUCCCGUGUGAUAUUGAUGCUACUAAUUAUAAGAAACAAACGGCCCUCCACCUGAGCGCUAUAUACGGCAGCGCGUCCAGCGCCCGCCUGCUGCUGGAGUUCGGGGCGAAGCGCCUGCGGGACAGCGAGGGCCGCGCCCCGCUGCACCUCGCCGCGCGGGACGACUGCGUGACCGUGUUACGGGCGCUGCUGGAGUAUGGGGACCAGAGUGAUAUAGAGGAAGUGGAUGGCAGAGGGUAUACGGCGCUGCAAAUAGUUUGCGAAGAGCCGCUCAGAACAAAUACUUUGGAAAUCGCCAAAUUAUUGUUAGAGAAAAAGGCGGAUCCAAAGAGACACAGCGAGCACACGCGUCCGCCGUGGAAGCUGGCCCUGGACAAGCCGGAGCUGCUGGAACUGCUCAAGAUGUACUCCAACAUUCACAUCGACGACCUGGAUAUUAAGUCCGAGCCGGAAGACGAUUUUGAUUCAGCUGACGAGGACGAGAGUGCGGAGCUAUCGGAACUGCCGCUGUACAUAGAGGACGUGUCGCCGCUGCUGGACGCGAGCGGCGCGUGGCGCGAGCUGGCGAAGCGAAUAGUGGAUUUGAAUGAUGACGUCACAUCAAAAUCACUAGCCCUCCUACUAGACGACAUGGGUGAGAAGGAAGCGGCUAAUAUUAUAAAGAAAUGUAUAAACGACUUGUAGCAUCAAGAGUAAGCUAUAGUUUUAAAUGUUUGCGAAUGGACGAAACGUCAGAAACUUUGUUUUUUUAAUGUUGAGUAUACAUUCUUCUUAAUUACAAGCUUCUUAAGUAAGUUUGAUACUUAGUGUGGUAGGGUUGUCACAAUAGGGUUAGACAAAUUGAACAUAAUUUGUUAAAUCAUUUUAUUAUUUAGUAUGAAACUCUAAAACUUAACUUUUUUUUUUGCAAUUAAUUAUUUCAUUGUAAUAGUAUGGUAUAAGUAAUCUAAAGGAAUACAGUCACUAGGCAUAUCAAAUUUACAAUAUUUGAUAUGUUUUAGUAUUUCGUUGUCAGCGAGCAAUGCCUUAUUAUCAGGAGUAUAGUACGCUACCAUCGUUAAUAAUCAAAUACCACGUUUUUACACGCUUUUUAUUAGCUUCACCUGUAUGUUUGUUUGUAACCGACUUCUUUGGGCGCGAUUUUGACCCACUUUAAACGACCAGAUUUCGUUCAAACUUUGUAGAUUUAUUGAGGACCGAUGACAAUACACUAAUUUGAUAAAAUUAUUCCAUUUUUCAAUUUGCAAAAUAUGAUUUUUGUUAAAGCGUGUUUUUUAGUUUUUUUUAACUAUUAUUUAUUACAUUAAAAUCUUACACGUUGCAACUAAUAAAACAACGAACGUGCGUCGCAAUAACGCCAAGAUUGUCAACUGCGUACAACGGACUGUGCCUAAACCGGUUUCAUCCUUAUCGGUUAUAUAAUAGGUUAUAUCCUUAAACUUAUUAUUAGAAUGUUGUAAUAGAUUCGAAAUUUUAUCCUCUUUCUAAGUUUGUUAUGUUCUGACUCUAUUUGUAUUAUUGUUUUAAUCCUCAAAUUAUUGUUGAAUAUGAAAGAUGUUGCAUUUUGUAUUAGUUUUUAAUAUCGAGAGAAUAGAAGAAGAGAAAGAUUAGCUUGUAACAUAAAAUAUAUAUAUAUAUAUAUAUAUAUAUAUUUUUUUUUU